AUAAUAUUAAAAAGCAUUUUCUUCUUAGAUUGCUUCAGAUUCGUUUAGCUCACUCUUUCCCCUCGAGAAGAAACCCUAGAAAUCUCAUCGCAAAAAUGUUCAGAUCUAUGCUCGUCCGAUCUUCUUCCUCCGCGAAGCAGGCGGUUAUCCGCCGUAGCUUUUCCUCUGGUUCCGUCCCCGAGCGUAAAGUCGCCAUCCUUGGCGCCGCCGGUGGAAUUGGUCAGCCUCUUGCUCUUCUCAUGAAGCUUAAUCCUCUUGUCUCUUCUCUCUCCCUCUACGAUAUCGCUAACACUCCUGGAGUUGCCGCUGAUGUCGGUCACAUCAACACCAGAUCUGAGGUUGUUGGAUACAUGGGCGAUGAUAACUUGGCCAAAGCUCUAGAAGGAGCUGAUCUCGUUAUCAUUCCAGCUGGUGUACCAAGGAAGCCUGGUAUGACCCGUGACGAUCUUUUCAACAUUAAUGCUGGAAUUGUCAAGAACCUUUGCACUGCCAUCGCCAAGUACUGCCCACAUGCACUUAUUAACAUGAUCAGCAACCCUGUGAACUCUACUGUUCCAAUUGCAGCUGAGAUAUUUAAGAAGGCUGGUAUGUACGAUGAAAAGAAAUUGUUUGGUGUUACCACUCUUGACGUCGUCAGGGCCAAGACUUUCUAUGCGGGAAAGGCCAAUGUCCCAGUUGCAGAAGUUAAUGUUCCGGUGAUUGGUGGUCAUGCUGGGGUUACUAUUCUCCCUCUCUUCUCUCAGGCCACCCCUCAAGCCAAUUUGUCAAGUGACGUACUCACCGCCCUCACUAAGCGUACCCAAGAUGGAGGUACAGAAGUCGUGGAGGCAAAAGCAGGAAAAGGUUCAGCUACAUUGUCCAUGGCCUAUGCUGGAGCAUUAUUCGCUGAUGCGUGCUUGAAAGGACUCAACGGUGUUCCAGAUGUCAUAGAAUGCUCAUAUGUGCAAUCAACAAUCACCGAGCUUCCUUUCUUUGCCUCGAAGGUGAGGUUGGGGAAGAACGGCGUGGAGGAGGUUCUUGACUUGGGGCCACUCUCAGACUUUGAGAAGGAAGGCUUGGAAGCAUUGAAGCCAGAACUCAAAUCCUCCAUCGAAAAGGGAGUCAAGUUUGCCAACCAGUGAUUAAACCGACUUGACUCGGUAAUUUUUCCAAUUUUCCAGCUAGAGUUGCCUCCUCCUUCAUCGGGUUGUAUCAAUAAAAAUCCAUGUUUGUG